AUGUACUCGCGCGGAAGUGUCAACCACAAGGGAGCAACCCAGAGUUUUGAUCAAGGUUUAAAUUCCAGCUCUCCUCUCUCCGCCAUCAACCCCUCCAGCAACCAAAAUACAGAAAAUGUCGCGCAAAAGGCUGCCCAAAUCUUGUUUUUACUAUCUCAAGGGAAUCCGGAUCCCAUCGCUCACCAGAGCUCUGCAACUAGGCUAUCCCGCUCGAACUACCCCGACAUCAAAGCACUAAGCCAGGCUUGCUAUUCGAGUGCUGCCCAGAUUUCGAACAUGGUUGGAACAUUACGGUUGCUCCUUGUGGCAACACUGGGAGGUUACGUUUUCAGUAACGAAAAAUAA